UAAAGUUGAUCAAAAUAGCGAAAAGUUCACAUAACUACUCAAAGGUUUAAAAUUUAUUGGUCGCACAUUGGGGUUUUAUCCACAAGCUCAAAACGUGGAACCGCAUAAAUGGUUUCAAUAGAGGUGUUUUUCGUUUCAAUAGAGGUAAGUGAAAAGCUCACAAAUACAUGUUCCGCUUGUCUUUCAGGAUGUCUACAAAAAGAUCUACAAUGAAGCAGCAUUCAUUCACCGGGCCCGUAACAAAGAUCCUUUUGAUGGAAUUGCUAGUAAUACUCUUCACUUGCCGAAGCGUCGAAGCGACAAGGAACUUUACCCAGAAUCCUCAUCAGCGCCUGCUGGAGCAUUUAUUUGCAAGAUACGACAGAGAUGGUCAUCCGGGGGGAGGAAGAAGUGUGAAAGUAUGGGUAGGAGCCAAAGUUGUCAGGAUUGUUAACAUUGAUGAAAAGAACAAUGCAUUGCAAGCUCAGUGGUGGAUGAAACAGGACUGGAACAAUCCAGAUCUUACAUGGAAUCCAAAGGACUAUGAUGGAUUAACAACUGUUUACGUUGAACCAUCUAAAGUCUGGGUCCCGGAUGUUCUUUUGUAUAACAAUGUGCUUUCCAGUGCUGACAAAGACAUGGACGCUGCUGGAGCGUUGGAGAAGUACAAAACCAAAAUCUCAGUAUCCUACGAUGGCAAUAACUCUUGGAUGGCGCCUGCCAUGUUUCAGAGCAUCUGUAAAAUUGACAUCAAGUAUUUUCCUUUUGAUGAGCAGCAUUGCUACAUGAAGUUCGCCUCCUGGGCGUAUGACGUCAGUAUGCUUGACGUGUAUGUGAACUAUCCAGAGACUGGUAUAUUAAAUGGGAUAUACCAGCCCUCCAACGAGUGGGACUUGAUUGGCGUUGUUUCAGUAAGAAACGAGGUAAAGUACACUUGCUGUCCAAAUCCAUACUCUGAAGUGUUGCUGACCCUAAAUCUGCAACGCUACUCAAGAUAUUACAUCAUUAACCUGGUGUUUCCGUGUGCGCUUAUCGCCUGCAUGGUGUUUUUUACAUUUGUUCUGCCGCCAGAGUGCGGCGAGAGAGUUUCCCUGUGUAUCACCAUUCUUAUGGCUAUGACAAUCUUCCAGGAGUUGACCUCAGAGAAGCUACCGCCUAGUUCUGAUACUUUCUUUCUGAUUGGCACUUACUACACCGUAGCAAUCUUUGAAAUUGGUUUAGCGAUAGCAGCAACCUGCAUCGUCUUGAACUUCUACUACAGCAAAACAAAGAUGCCGGGCUGGAUCAAAACCGUUCUUCUCAAAACAUUGGCGCCACUUGUUAGAGUAAAGAUCAGAAGGAGGCGCCUUUCCACAAGAGAGAGUCAGCGGCCAACGGAGAAUGGACAUGCGCAAGACGUUAUUCAUAAUCCAACGUUUGAGCCCUUUAGUCACGCUGAUUUAGGACUGAGUCGGGAUUGGGUGGGAGACGUUUUCGAACAAAAUCAAAACGUGUCGAUAACGUCCGUUAACUUGAGAAAAGACAGUAUAAGUGUAGACGAAGAAGAAAACUCGAGUCGGAAUAUUAACAACGCUGGAAAGAAUUGUAAUGGUAUAACUUUAAGAAAUAUGUCAACAAAGCGAAAAGAGAACACUUAUAAAAAGGAAACAACGUCUGAGAUUAAUGAGCCAUCUUGGCAACAAGUGAUUGAAUGGCAAGAUGAAUGGAGAGCCGCUUCUCAAGUCUUGGACAGGGUCAUUAUUAUUACUUCAGUGCUUGUUGGAUGUGUCUCCGCUGCUGUGAUAUUCUUACAAGCUCCAAGAGUCAGGGAUAUGUUCUCCAUUUCAUAGAGAAAAAGUGCCUUAACAUGCCAUGGCUGGAAGAGAGUUGAGCAAGAGGUUUUCUGCUUCAAUAUUUACAAGACGACCAUGCCAUUGGUGGUCACAACACAGUAACUAAGUGGCCACGGGGGACAGAGAAAGGGGAAAAAAUGGUUCUACCAGAAGAACCUUAUCCUGUACUGCGAGAUACAACUUGAGAGAAGUGGGCAAAGUAUAAAAGGUAGAGCUCAUUCCUUAAAGGUUCGAGUACACCAGAAAUAUUAUAACUUCUGGUAACAAUGAUUCCAUGGCAAGACAAAGGAAGAAGUUAACCGAUUUCCAUAAAGGGAAUGUUGGCUAAAAAAACCAGUUUUGUUCCAAAUCAAAAGUUUGUGUUUAUUGUUUCAGCGAUUUGAAAUCGAUAAUUCUUUGCCUGGUUUGAAUGCUGUGUUUACUUUCAGCUAUUUUAGGAUUUCAAAUUUCCAGCGGGCCGCCAUGUUUAUUUUUGCAAAGCGUGAUGGGAAAUUGUGACGUUAAUGCGCCGUUGGACGUUUUUAAAACACAGCGUCGUUUGAAUCUAGAGACAAAAGUGCCUCUAAUCGUUUAUAUUUCAGCUUUUCAGCCAAGAUCCUCUUUACAAUGAGAGGAAUACUUUAUGUAAUAUUUCAGAAUACUGCGCCGGAUUAAAAAGCAAUGCAACA